AUGUUAUUAGUUUCUGGUGUUAAACUAUUAAUAAAUAAUAUUACAUAUCUUAGCAAAAAUGAAUUUGCAGAAACACUUUUUAAAAAAUUUAUUUCUCAAUAUCCUUAUUUAUAUGGAGAUCACUUAAUAUCAUAUAAUAUACACAGUUUAUUGCAUCUCCCUAUGUUUGUUAAAAUGCAUGGUCCAUUAGACAGUUUCAGUUGCUUUAAAUAUGAAAAUUACUUACAAGAAAUAAAAUUCUCCAUUAAAUGUUCUAGAUAUGCUCUUCCAGAAAUUUUUAAUAGGAUUAUUGAAAAAGAAAAAUGUUUAUAG